AUGACCCCCUCAUCCAAAAGAAAAAGUUCUCCCUCUGUUGCGUCUCCUUACUUCUCUUUAGAGGUAAACAAGAGUCCCUCCAAAUCAAUUCUGGAUCACAGACACUUACAUUGUCCCUACUUCUCUCCGUCAAGAAAGCCGAUUACGAGGGAAGCGAGGCUCGAUGUGGCGGACUCUGACUUCGAUGUAUCAUGCUGCGCUUCUCUUGAGGUUCACCUACUAUGCAACAAAAACUUGACAGAACUUGUUGCCCACGAUCCUUGGAAACUGAUCAUUGCAGUCACUCUCCUCAACAAAACAUCAGGAAAACUUGCGAUACCCGUAUUCUGGGAUCUUGUAGAUCGAUGGCCUACGCCGCUGUCCCUUUCUCAAGCCAACGUCGAGGAAUUAGCAGGUUUUAUUCGCCCGUUGGGCACUCAAACUAUCCGAGCGAAACGACUCAUUGAAAUGUCGAAAUCUUACCUUCUCGACCCACCUUCUACUUAUGACGUUAGAUCGUCUAAACCUGAGCUCUUGCCAUCUUCUGCAUCAUUUUCAAGUGGCCAGGGAUCCCCUACGAAGCGUAUAAAAUACCCCCCGACCCCAAUAUCGCACUUGCCUGGAACAGGGCGCUAUGCACUUGAUUCCUAUCGCCUAUUUUGUACGGCGUACGAGGAUCCCUCGUCACAGGAUUGGAAAACAGUCAUACCAAGUGACAAAAAGCUGGUUCAAUAUGUUAAGUGGAGAUGGGCCGUCGAAGAGUGCAAGGAGUGGACACAUGGGAUCACCUCCGCUGCCACCCCGACUUACUUGAGAACGCUCAUUUCAGAAUUACGCGAUAGAAAUCCCAUUAUAGUCUAGAGCGAACAAGGGGCUGCCAGUCAACCCUCUCGACCUGCCUUUCGUCAAUUCAUUGUUUGGUAUCCCAAACCAAGGCACUCACCAAGUCUGGUGUCAAAUCUUUGACGCUAGCUGCACCAACAAGUUUCAUUGCCGUCACGAUUUCUUUUUCUAGGAUCUUUAGAAUCUUCAAGACACCAAUCUCACCAUAAGCCUAGAAUGCGUGAAAGUGAUGCAAAGCCAGAGAAAGUUGAAUGGUCGCUCACGCUUUGAGCAUAGAGAAACGGACGUCCCAUGCCAACAGCCUUCGCACCAAGGC